AUGCGACCUAACAAAAUAACCGAUGACGGCCUUGGUGCACUCAGCCCACGCGCAGCUGGUGUCAUCCGCGAGGCAAAUGCUGCGGACGGCAUUCCCUUUCGGGCCAAGUCGGGCCAUGUGCACCGCACAUGGGCGCGGACUUUCAGCUCCCUGCCGGAGCUGUACCUGCAGCCCGAGUCAGAGGCUGAAAUCGAGAAAAUCGUCAAUUUGGCUCGGCGGUGUCGGCGACGAGUCACUGUUGUCGGGUGCGGCCACUCGCCCUCGGAUUUGACAUGUACGUCUGGUUGGCUGGUCAACCUGGACAACUAUAACAAGGUCCUGGACAUCAACCGCCUGACCGGCGUCGUCCGCAUGCAGAGCGGCAUCAGGCUUUAUGCCCUGGCAGCAGAGCUGGAGAGGGUUGGCCUGGCCAUGCCGAGCUUGGGAAGCAUCAACGAGCAGAGCAUCGCAGGGGCCAUAUCGACGGGCACCCAUGGCAGCAGCUUGCAGCAUGGGCUGAUUUCAGACGAUGUUGUUGAGCUAAAGUUAACCUUGGGGGACGGGACGACGCGUUCCUGCAGCGCAACCGAGGACCCGGGUCUGUUUCGGGCGGCUCUGCUCUCGCUCGGUGCCCUGGGAAUCAUCAGUGAGGUGAGCUUCCGCGCUGUGCCGAGGUUUAGCCUGGCCUGGUAUCAGACCAUCGACACGGACAAGAAGAUGAUGGCAGAGUGGGACACGACGUUAUGGACCCAAGACCACUUUGUUCGCGUUUGGUGGUUCCCCUACAUGCGUAAGGCGGUUAUCUGGCGGGCAUCGGAACCUGGGCCAGUGAUAGGGCAAGAUUACGCCGAGCCAGAAGCCCCGAGGCUAGACCCGCCUGCGAGUUGGUACGGUGGCACUCUCGGAUAUCUUGUCUAUCACAACUUGCUUUCGCUCGCACAGUUGGUGCCAAGGAUACUUCCAUGGGUUGAGUGGUUUGUCUUUGGGAUGCAGUACGGCUUCAAGAACGGCACAACGAUCCACGGCGUACAGCCCAGCCGGGAGGCGCUUCUCAUGGAUUGCUUAUACUCUCAGUUUGUGAAUGAGUGGGCUAUUCCCUUAUCGAAGGGACCGGAGGUGCUUAUGCGACUGGGCGCAUGGCUCAACAAGCUCAAGCCAGGGGACGAAGGGUAUGUCGAGCACGGAAUUCCAUUCUCUGCCGAUGGCCUAUGGGUACAUUCUCCCGUGGAAGUCAGAGUGGCAGAUACCUCUUUGAAUCGGGAGAAGAGGUGCAGGCCCUGGCUGGACCCGACGGUCGAGGACGGGCCGACGCUGUACCUGAACGCCACGCUAUAUCGACCCUAUCACCGAGACCCGCCUUCAUAUAAGAGAUACUACGAAGCCUUCGAGUGGUUAAUGAAGGAUAUGGGUGGGAGGCCUCACUGGGCUAAGAACUUCAGCUGUCAAAACAUCGAGGAGCUAUAUGGCAAAAAUCUGCAGGAGUGGCGCGCAGUUCGUGACAGGGCUGACCCGGAGGGUAUGUUUGUUGGACCAUGGCAUCGUCGACUUGUUCUAGAGGCCGGGGAUGAUAAGCAUGAUCUGUUGCCGCUGGAGGAGGCAGAAGUCGAAAGACGACAGGUCGAGGGAGGAGGCAUUCGUGUGACUGGCGAUUGUGGAGGUAGGAAAUAG